GUAAUACAAAUGACUGAGACCAAGGGAGAGUUCCACACCAUGCCUGAGUACGAAGACCGGGUCAGCAAUCUGCAGCGGAGUCUUAGAGACUGUGAAAGAAAGAGAUUGGAGUUGGAAAGGAAAUUGUUUGAAUGUAGUUCAUCUGAUUCAUACAUAUGUCAUCUCAAGCAUACAAAGCUGCAACUUUCCUUGAAAGAAGCGUGUGAAAGAGAAAAGAGAGCUCGCCUUCGAAACCAGGCAAUCAUCCAGGAAUUUGAUCGCAUUGAAGCUCAGUUCCAUACGCUGAUUGCUGGUGUCUCUAAAAUGCAGCAGAAAAAGAUGCUGCAAGUUUCACGACAGGUAGAAAUUAACAGUGGCGCAAACAUGUCAAGAAGAAUGUAUCAUCCAGCGACAAUCUUCAUGGGCCGCCAAAUGUCAGCCAACUCAAGCAUUGAACAUUGCCUUACACAGAGGAAAUCUCUGCAACCCUCAAAGAGCUUUUCAAUUUCUGACCCACAUUCAGUCAGACAGGCAGCAAUAAACAGCAAUGUGACAGACAGCUGUGUAGUACUAGCUAAUAGUGAUAUUCAGUGCUUAAAUAAGCCUGACAUAAUAGAUGCGGAAACAUCCUUCCAGAUUAGUCAAAAAAUGCUGGUCACAUCUACAACAUCUUCUGAGAACGGAGGAACACAUGGUAUAGAAAUCGACAAGACUCAAAGUGCUAGCAAACAUUUUGUUGAAAGCAAGCAAUCUGCACAACUUAGCACACAGACUCUGCAAAGAUUAAGUCCAGAGUACAGAGCAGGGGAUUUGCAGAAUGACAGCUCAGGCAGCAAGGUGGAAGAUGCAUUGAUGUAUGAAAGCCUGCUUCCUAAUGAAGAGAGAUUUAAACACGCAAACCCCUCUAGAUCUUCACCUGAUGCCUGUGAUUACAUAAAUAAACAAACAUCAGAUAAACACAGCGCGUGUGAAAAUCUGUCAGGUAAAGAGGCGCAUGAUUACACUACAGAUUCAGAGGAAGAAGACCAUGAUCUGGACACCAGUAGUUCUCUAACUGUUUCUAUUAGUGAUUCUGAAGACAUUAGUUCUGCUGAACUUCUUGAAAUAAUUGAUGGUAAAGAUAGUGUACCUCAAGAUAAAACACAAUUAAAAGCUCAAAAAGUGCAAGCGGUUCUAACAGCCAGUGAAGGAACACCAGAUACUCCUUUCCAUGUAACACCUGUGCCAGAUUCAGGUGAUGGACCUUCAUCUGUUUCAGCUAUAAGUCCGUAUUCUUUAUCUGACAAAGGAUUUUUCUAUUUGCUGGAUUCUAUAGAAGACAUGGUACUUAAGAUACAGCCUGAUCAUUCCAAGCUCUACCGAAACACAGUCAUCAGCCAGGCAAAACUAAAUCAGCUUAUAAGUCUUUCUAAUCAGAUGGAGGCUCUGAAGCAAGAAGACCUUGAAUCUUGUAUCUCACUCGUCCUCCAUCAGCUCCAUAGGCUGCUGAAGGGCACAAUGACUGAGCGUUCAUCACCUGAGGAACAUCUUAUUGACAACAAAAGCCAUACAGCUGAAAAGACACAAAGCCCUAUUUCGGAAUUAUUGAAAGAACGUCUGUUGAGUCACAUUUCUUUUCUGAAAAAACAUCAACUAUUAAACGAAGAACUUAUUCCAUCAAGUUUUUCCACCUUCUUCAUGCUUGAUGAGAAAAUGAAAGCUUGCCAGGUUCUGACAAAUUCAUUGGAAGACAAGACAGAUUGCAGUCCUUCUUCCCUUGAUGUACAGUCUUCUUUACUCACUAAGAGAAGUCCUGGUGAUAGACUCAGCAGUUCUAGUUCAAGCCGAAACAGCAAAAGUGUAACACAAGAUGUCACAAACUCAUGUGAAGAUGACAAACAAGAAAAGGACUUCAUAGGAAAAAACUAUGUUCCAGAAAAAGCUGAGGUUUUACUGCAAAAUGACAAAGGCAGAAUUCGAGAUUCCCUAUCUCCUGAACAAGAUUGUUCUGCUACAAAUUGUAAUGAUGAAGAAGAAAUCAGUGAUGUAUCAGAACUAGAAAUACCAGGGCUUACAAAUGACCACAAUAUUCUAAGAAAACAUCCCAUCAACAAACUAAGUUCAGAAGCCAGUCUUCCCUCAAGUGAAAAAACCCCAAUGUUCAGGAAAGAAAACAAAAUCACUUUGCCAAUCAGCAAAAAGUCAAAAGCAUUCUGGGGUGAAUCGGAUGACAGCAGUUCAGAUAUUGAAGCUAUACUGAGACCUCAAAAUCAUAUUGUAGAUGGAGAUGAUUUUGAUGAUUUUUUUGACUAGAAAAAUAUUGUAUAAAUGUGUUGCAUUUUAUUGAGAAACCGUAAAAAAAAAAUAGCAUUUAAGACUAUAACCUUUAACAAUCAAAUAUAGCAUUUUUUUUCUUGCUGAACAAAAUAAAAUUACAUUUAUUAUCAACACCUA